AUGGUCGCCCUCUCUGGCGGCCACACCAUUGGACAAUCGCAGUGCCGGUUUUUCAGGAGCAAGCUCUACAACGAGACCAACAUCGACACGGCCUUCGCGACAUCUCUCAAGGCCAACUGCCCCCGACCGACCGGCUCCGGCGACAGCAGCCUGACGCCUCUGGACACGAAGACGCCCAAUGGGUUCGACAACGCAUACUACAGCAACCUGAUGUCCCAGAAAGGGCUCUUGCACUCCGACCAGGUGCUCAUCAACGACGGACGCACCGCCGGCCUGGUUCGGGCGUACUCGUCGGCGUCGGUGCAGUUCAAUAGGGACUUCGCGGCGGCCAUGGUGAGGAUGGGGAACAUCAGCCCGCUCACCGGGGCGCAGGGGCAGAUAAGGCUCAGCUGCUCCAGGGUGAACUAA